AAUAAUAAUAAUAACAAUAAUAAUAAUAAUAAUAAUAAUAAUAAUAAUAAUAAUAAUAAUAAUAAUAAUAACUGUAAUAUUAAUGAUAUGAACAAUAAUAACGAUAAUAACAGUAAUAAUAAUAUUAAUAAUAUUAAAAAAAAUAUUAAUUAUGCUAAUAAUAGCGGUAAUAACGAUAAUAAAAACAACAAUAAUAACGAUAACAACGAUGACAAUAACAUUAAUAAUAAUAGUAAUUAGAACGAUAAUAACGAUAAAAACCAUUAUAACAAUAAUAAUAAUAAUAAUAAUAAUAAUAAUAAUAAUAAAAAUAAUAAUAAUAAUAAUAAUAAUAAUAAUAAUAAUAAAAAUAAUAGUAAUAUUAAUUAUAAUAAUUAUAACGGUAAUAAUAAUAAUAAUAAUAAUAAUAAUAAUAAUAAUAAUAAUAAUAAUAAUAAUAAUAAUAAUAAUAAUAAUAAUAAU